AUGCCUCGGCCGGGCCGCAACACGUACAGCGACCAGAAGCCGCCCUAUUCGUACAUCUCGCUGACCGCCAUGGCCAUUCAGAGCUCGCCCGAGAAGAUGCUGCCGCUCAGCGAGAUCUACAAGUUCAUCAUGGACCGCUUCCCCUACUACCGGGAGAACACGCAGCGCUGGCAGAACAGCCUGCGCCACAACCUCUCCUUCAACGACUGCUUCAUCAAGAUCCCGCGGCGGCCCGACCAGCCCGGCAAGGGCAGCUUCUGGGCGCUGCACCCCAGCUGCGGGGACAUGUUCGAGAACGGCAGCUUCCUACGGCGCCGCAAGCGCUUCAAGGUGCUCAAGUCCGACCACCUGGCGCCCAGCAAGCCAGCCGACGCGGCGCAGUACCUCCAGCAGCAGGCCAAGCUGCGCCUCAGCGCGCUGGCCGCCUCCGGCACGCACCUGCCGCAGAUGCCCGCCGCCGCCUACAACCUGGGCGGCGUGGCCCAGCCCUCGGGCUUCAAGCACCCCUUCGCCAUCGAAAACAUCAUUGCGCGCGAGUACAAGAUGCCCGGGGGGCUGGCGUUCUCCGCCAUGCAGCCCGUGCCAGCCGCCUACCCACUCCCCAACCAGUUGACUACCAUGGGCAGCUCGCUGGGCACCGGCUGGCCACACGUGUACGGUUCCGCGGGCAUGAUCGACUCGGCCACCCCCAUCUCCAUGGCGAGUGAUUACAGCGCUUACGGCGUGCCGCUGAAGCCGCUGUGCCACGCAGCGGGCCAGACGCUGCCCGCCAUUCCGGUGCCCAUCAAGCCCACGCCGGCCGCCGUGCCCGCGCUGCCCGCGCUGCCCGCGCCCAUCCCCACCUUGCUCUCGAACUCGCCACCCUCUCUCAGCCCCACCUCCUCGCAAACAGCCACCAGCCAAAGCAGCCCCGCCACCCCCAGCGAAACGCUCACCAGCCGGGCCUCCGCUCUGCACUCGGUGGCUGUGCACUGA